UUCUUCAUUCCGACCCUCGCACGCCGAAAGGAGAACGAAGGACCGCCGCGAGGCGAGGGGAGACGCUCGAUCUUGUCUUCUCCGUCUUUGAGGUAAAGCGAUCGAUUCCUCUUCUUGGCGUGUUGGCUUCCGGACUCGAGGAGGAUGGGAGACUUCAACGACCCCCUGAAUCGCAACAACCCCCAGGCCCGCACCAAAGCCCAGAAUCGAGCCAACGUCCUCCAGUUGAAGCUUAUUGGGCAAAGCCAUCCAACUGGCCUUACUGCUAAUCUAUUGAAGCUUUUUGAGCCACGUCUGCCGUUGGAGUAUAAACCUCCUCCAGAGAAAAGGAAAUGCCCUCCCUACACUGGGAUGGCACAAUUUGUUAGCCAUUUUGCUGAACCAACUGAUCCUGAAUAUGCUCCGCCAAUAGUUGAGGGUGAAACUCGGGUCCAAAGAAGAGCUAGAAUUCGACAAGUACGCCUUGAAGAGGGUGCAAGACAGGUUGCUGAAAGCUUGGAAAAAUAUGAUCCAUCUAAAGAUCCAAAUGCUACCGGUGAUCCAUACAAGACACUUUUUGUUGCCAGGCUUAACUAUGAAACAACUGAACACCGGAUCAAGAGGGAGUUUGAAACUUAUGGACCAAUUAAGAGGGUACGUUUGGUUACAGAUAAGGAAACAAAUAAACCAAGAGGAUACGCGUUCAUUGAAUAUGUGCAUACACGUGACAUGAAAUCCGCAUACAAGCAAGCUGAUGGAAGGAAACUCGAUAAUAGACGAGUUCUUGUUGAUGUUGAGCGUGGAAGAACUGUGCCAAAUUGGAGGCCUCGAAGAUUGGGUGGUGGACUUGGUACAACCAGGACUGGAGGUGAAGAAUUGGCCCAGAAGCAUUCCGGCAGGGAGCAGCAACAACUUACUUCAGAUCAUUCUAGAUCAGAGGAGCCAAGGGCAAGGGAGAAAUCUCGAGAUCGGGGGCGGGAUCGUGAGAGAGAUGACAGACCUCAUGAACGUUCCCAUGAAAGGACCCGGGAGCCGAGAGAGGACAGGCACCACCAUCAAAAGGAUCGAGAUAGAAACAGAGAAAGAGAGAGAGACAAGGAAAAGGAUAAAGAGAGAGAGAGGGAGAGAGAUCGUGGUCGAGACCGUGAUCGAGCUCGUGGCAAAGAGAGGGAAAGGGACCGUGGUCGUGAUUAUGACCGUGAGCGCGAACGUGAUCGUCCACGUGAUAGAGACCGGGAGCGAGAAAGGGACUAUGAUCAAGCCGGUUAUGAAAGAGAACGCGGUUAUUUUCAUGACAAGGAUUCUGAAUAUGGUAAUGAGUCAAAGCAUGGCAGGGAGAGGUCUGGCGCAAGAGACAGAAAUAUUGAGCAUGGAAAUGGGCAAGAAUGGUAUGAUGGACUACGAAAUCCGGAGCAUGAACGCGACUACAAUCAGUAUGAUGAGUCCCAGGGUCAGAAACAGUAUGAUCAUCCUCCACCAGUUAAGCCUGUGGAACACAUUGAGAGGUCAAAGCGACAUGAAAUGGAUUAUUAUGAACAUGGGUCUUACGAUCAGCGUCAGCCUGAUUAUUAUCAAAAUCAAUAUGGGUAUGCAGAUGCAGAUCAACGUGAGGAGGGUGAGGCAGUAGGAGAUGAUUAUGGAUACCAUCCUUCCGGUAGGUCCCUGUCCAGGGAGCGACAAGCUUAAUACUGGAUUUGAUGAGUUCUGUUGCAUUCACUACAAUGAUGCAUCAUGCAUUGAUCUCGACUCCCAGCUUUCCUAUCCAGCAACGUGGCGUGUACCUUCGAAGGCGUAUUAGGUUCGAUAGUAAUCGUUAUGUUGCAAACAGACUGGUGUGUUUUGGUAUGUUCCAAUCCAUUAAUUGAACUGUUUGGGUUCUGGUUUUUUCCCUGUAUCGACUCUUGUAAACUUGCUUCCUUCAUUAUCAUUUUAUUGGCAGCUUUGACGUGAAACAUUAAACCA